AUGCCACUCAUUUACAGCUUUGUGGCUCGGCAAACAACGGUGUUGGCUGACUACACUUCGUUCACUGGAAAUUUCAGCGUUGUUGCCAUCCAGGCACUCGAGAAGGGAGCACAAGGGAACAACAGCAAGUUCACAUACUCCUGCGACGGACACACCUUCAACUACCUCUCCGCCAAUGGCUAUACGUUCCUGGUGGUAGCUGACGAUGCCUUUGGGCGCCAGAUCCCGUUUGCCUUCCUAGAGAAGGUGAAAGAGGAAUGGUUCCAGAAGUGGGCCGACAAGGGAGCAGCCGCAUUCGCCCACUCCCUGGACAAGAGCUUCGGCCCCCGCUUGAAGUACUGGAUGGAUUACUGUGAGCAACACCCAGAGGAGCUGUCAAAGGUGGCCUCCGUCCAGAAAAAGGUGGACGAGGUGAAGAACAUCAUGGUGGAGAACAUCGAGCGCGUCCUGGAGCGCGGCGAGAAGAUCGAGCUGCUGGUGGACAAGACAGACAACCUGCGAUUCCAGGCGCGCGGGUGGCAGGAGGAGUGA